CAUAGUUUUCUUUCCCUUUUCUUAAUGUUUUGUCAUCAAACCCUAAAUUCCUUAAUAAUUUCAAUUGGGAAUAAUAUAAUUUUCUACCUCAUACAAGCAGAUGACUGCCGAUGAUGCAUUGAAGCCGGAAAAGAACACAGGCCAAGAAGAUAAAGACUCGACUGCCCAAUCUGAUGGGGAAUCUGAGGAGCAAGACUUUAUCAUAGAUCUAGAAAAACAAGUCCAGCCUUUCUGGGAAUCUCCUAAUCUCCGGGACACAGCUAGAGAGUGGUUAUGUGUACGAUUAUGGGUGCAGAAAGGGCCUGAUGAACAAGUUGCUUUGCUGGAAGAUGUGCUUCAAUGUGAUAAGUCUGAGGUCCAAUCCAUGCACGAAUACAGUAGUCCAUUUGAAUUUUAUGCUCUAGUGAAUGAAAAAGAAACAGCUAAAUUGUUUGCUUCAGGUAUUGUCUGUUCUCUAAGAUCUGGUUAUCCACAACGAGUUAGGGAAGAGCGAAAGAAAAUCAGAAGAAAUGAAAUUAAAAGGAAAGUCGAUGCUAGACAAAAAACAAAGAAACAAAAAGUCAGCCCGGAGGCUAAUUGCAGAGAGGCUUCUAAACCUGCUUAUAGCAAAUAUGAGCCCUACCCUCUUCUCGACGACGUGUAUAGAAGUUGGUAUCGGGUAGAAAUAAAAACAAAGAAACAGCGAGAUGAACAGAUAGCUUUUCUGCUGGAUGAGCUCAACCUUAAAUGUGACAAGUCUGAAGUGCGCUCCUUCCAUGAGUUCAUUGGUCUGUCAACAUUUAAUGCUUAUUUGACUGCAGAAGAAGCACAGAAGUUAUCUAAGCUGAAGAUGGUUCGCCUUGUCGAGCUAGGAUAUCCUAAGCGACCUUAUAGGAAAAUCAAUGCACAGCAGAAUUUUAAAGAACAAACACAGAGCUUAGGUAGCAGGCUCUCAGAGGCAAGAAAGAACAAAGAAAAAUGGAGAUAUGAUGAAGAUGGCUAAUUUUCCUGCUGGUGGACUGGAGUUACCUUUUGCUACCUGCGAGGCACGUGAUCGAUAUCGGGAUUGGGGUAGCAAGAAGGUGUUGACACCGCCUAUGAUUUUGGACCAUGCAGCAUUGGAGAGCAUGGGGUACUGGGAUGAGGUUGACGACU